CGCCUCUAGUUCACUGGCAAAACUUUUCAGUUGGUUUUCUAUAACUAACAUGGAAAGAAACAUUUUCCUACUGUCAGUCGGUGUUGUGUUGCUUAUACUGAACAACCUGACACUUGCCGGUGAAUAUUGUCAGGAUCAGCACAAGGAUUGUGACAACAGCGCUGGCGGAAUAAAACCAAGAAAAUCGCAACCACUUUCCGAUUUGAGCACCGAUUUCGAAGUUGGGUCGCCAAAUUUUUGGACUGACGACUCCCCAUCGCAGACCGGAGUUCGAUGGAAGAUUGAGGACAUUAACUCCUCGUGGGAAUUGGACAAUCCGGCCCCUAAUCCUCCGGCCGGAAGAAAUUACAUGCGUGUCGAUCGCGGCGCCACUUUGUCGUUCAGCGUCGCAGUUUUGCGCAGUCCAACAUUUCAAAUUCCCGCUUCUAGCUACAACGAUAUUUCCAUAUCGUUUGACUUUUGGAUUCGAUCCAAAUGGCCCCAGUUCACUAAUCUCGAGCUGUAUCUAAAUGAAAACGGAAACGAGAGGCUGCUUGUCAGUUUAUGGAACUAUUCCGACAUCAACAAUCGAAAUUGGGUUACGUAUCCUGUCAGUUUCUCUCCACUCUCCAGCGGAUUCUCAUUGGCAUUUUACGCGUAUUGUGGCACGGACGUCGUGGAUGCUGUCGCCAUCGACAACAUCCGCUGGACCGAUCCAUCACCAACGACAACCAGCAGCACCGUGACGCAAUCGACAACACGAGAACAAACAACUGUCUCGACACUAACGACGACUGCUUCAACGUUUACAUCAACAACAGAAACUAUAACUGUUAAAACAACAACAACAUCGACAGAAUCACCAACAACGCCGAUAGCAGUAUGUGGAGGCUCCUUCAUAGCCACAGAGAAAAGCACACCUAUAUCGUCACCAAAUUAUCCAAAUUUUUACUCUUCUAACGAAGUCUGCGAAUACAUCAUCACCACUCCCGACCCAACUGGGAAAAUCAGUUUAAAAUUUGUUGAUUUUGAAAUGGAGGCUCAACACGACUAUCUAUAUGUAUUCGAUGGAAUGUCAAAUGAAUCGCCUAAAUUGUUUUCAGCUACUGGUUACCCUGGUUUCACUUCGUCUAGCAAUGAUCUUCCAGCUUCUCUUCCGUGUUACGUAAAUUCCACCGGUCCCGUAAUCUCAAUAGUACACUAUUCCGAUUAUUCACCGCAAGGCUCACUGAGAGGAUGGUUAGUCAAUUUUAUAAAAAUUUUUGAGUAGACGUUUAUGACUUUAUGCAGACCACACACUAUUACUUGUUAGUUGACGUAAUAGUUCCUAUAGUUAUAACAGCACAAAUACAAACGACAAGAGAAACAUAUUGGAUUAUUUCCGAUGGCCAAAUCGACUAGAGGGCAGCAAGCAUUGAAGUUCUUACACAAUUGCGUCACUUUUGUUACCUCUGCCUGGCUAAACUAGCCAAAUUUGUGUGGUGGCGUACAAUACAUAUUUUACAAUGUA